GGAUGUGUCCGAAAUCGCCCACUAUACCCUCAUUCACUAUUCCCUACAUUAGUUCACUAAUAUAGUCCACUUUAAGGAGCGGGUGAAAACAUGUGAGUAAAUUCGGACACUCGGUGCACUGGAUACGCUGCGGGCGCCAUCUUCUGCCGAGACGCGGGAAUUCAUUCAGCGCGAGCAUCACGAUAGAUGGCUAGCAGCUAGCCUUAUGAUGCAUAAGUGCACUCAAUAAUGUCCACUAUGAAUUCGGACACCACUAAAAAUGGAUGUCCCCUCAAAUAGCGCACUAUAGCUGUGUCUCGUUUCGUAAGGCUGCGUCCUUGUGUCCUCUUGAGGUCUCAUCCUCUUAAACGGUAUACGGAGGAACCUCAAAGAACGCUGAAGGCGCACAGAAAUGAGACACAGCUCUCUGCGUGGAGUGCGUCAGUCACGCUCGUCAGAAAAAACACAAAAGAAGAUAUUUUGAAGAAUGCUGAUAACCAAACAACAUUGAACCCCAUUGACUUCCAUUGUACGAACACAAAACCACUGAGACAUUUCUCAAAACAUCUUCUUUUGUGUUUCACAGAAGAAAGAGUCAUAUAUAGGUUUUAAACAACAUGAGCGUGAAUAAAUGAUGACAGAAUUUUUAUUUUGGUGUGAACUAUCCAUUCAAAACGCAAAACAGAUGCAACAUUCUCAAAUCACCGUGAGAAAACCUACUGAAUAUAACUGAGAGAAAGCAGGAAACGUUGGGCCUUUCAACAGAUAUCUCCUCUUCAUCACAUUGUGGCCCACACAUCCUCCUAAUCUCGUUAUGCAUCACGUGACCCGACCCCCCCCUCCUCCCAGCCCGGCUGGCUUUAGAGCUGAUGAUGCAUGUAGCUGAAGAGGUUUGGGAAGCAUCGCUAUAGCAACCGCAAACAGAGUGGCACUUCAGAGCAAAGCUCCGAGAGAAAUGUGACCUGGACCGUUACCUACAAGUUCUACAAGACAGGAUCACAUCUUCUGCCAAGGUAAAGUGAGCAGCUGAAGGAGGCAGGCCCAUCAUCGAGCAUGUCUUGGUUCAGCUGGAGCGAGCCGUACUAUCGGAGCCCGCGGCGCGAGCCGUCUGAAGUGGUAACGGACACCCUGAUGCUGGAGCUGAGCUGGCAGAUGAAAGAGGCCGAGCGACUGCAGCGGGAGCGCGACAAUCAUUAUCGGAGGCUGAAAAGUGGCGUGGACUACAGCUGGCUCAUCAGCGCCCCCCGCAGUUCAUACGACAUCAGCCAAGGAGAGAGACUGGGCCUUGAAGAGCUGUGUAGUAAAGUGCUGCCAUCACACUGUGGAUCUGUAAUUCAAAGGUUUCGACAGGUGCUGAUGGAGAAUGAGCCUGAGGUGCAGGAGGUCUCCGGAUUCUUCCGCACGGUGCUGGUGGAAACCCUCGAGCGUGUUCAGGAGGAGCAGGAGGCUCAACGUCUGUCCCAACAGUGGAACAACAGACGCUCCAUGAGUCUGUCUCUUCUCAGUUUCAGGUCACGGGUGCGGAUCAACCCGUUCAGCAGCACCCUGGGACUAAAGAACAGCUACAGCUCGGAGGAGGAAGGUGUCGAUGUUAAGACUGUGUGUGGUGAUGUUGAGAAGGGCAUGGCUCAGACAACAGAGAAGUCGCAGUGGAUGUGGAGCAUGCCGGAGUUUAGACACAAGGGCAUCAACGGUAAAGCUUGAGUGACGUGUGAGGGGAUCUGGCCAAACGCUGCCUGGCAUUUACUGUGAUGUAGAUUUAUUUAAGUGCACGAUGAAAAGGUGUUGUAGGUCUUAUAAACCAAGUGAAAAACAUCAAAGGGCAUACAAAUGUUGUAGUCACAACCCUUAAGUAUAGCGUUUGUCAUUUUACAUGCAGCAAACAGGAAAUUAUAUGGAUUACACGUGGGUUUUUCUAAACACUACAACUACAUAUACAAACGUUGCAUAAAACAGGGAAAAUAAAGCACACAAACCCUACAAACAAAUGUCAAGGACUUCCAUUAGAAUUGAAUGAGGUCCAGGACGAAAUUAUAAAGUGACACCCAGCAGUGUAAAGACAGGUGUUGUCACAGGCCACGGCCAUGCAAGAACUAUUGUAAAACAGAUUCAACAAUCAAUCUGUUGCUCUUGCUAUUUUCUUCUAAUGUUUCUAUUGACAUCUGCAAUAAAAAGGUUUUUAAUUAUACAUUAUGUUUUAAAACUGGUGAUGAGUAAAAAAAACUUUUGUAACAUUUUCCUUUAUUGGCAUCUAAAUUGGCAUCUUUUUUUUCCUCAGUCUUGCUAGUGUACAUGUGUUUUGUGGACAUCUUGUGAAUCGUUAAGGGGAUGCGAGACGUAACUAUUUAUAUGAAUUUUAUUAUAUACCGUGUCAUUUGAAAUGCAGUCAAUAACUGUAACAGAUGUAUUUCAUGCUAAACACGGUUUAAUUUCUUCUCUUGUACAAUUAAGAUAAGUCGAUAUUUGCCUCUGGA